CUGCGCCUCUUGUGACGAGCAUCAAAAGCAAAACCAAACCUGCGGUUAAAACUUAAGCCUCUGCAGGUAGAGAGAGAGAGAGAGAAAGAUCUUGUCUUUGUGUGUUUUGUUUGGAGAGUAUAUAAAUCCUUAAAACGAUGUUCUUUUGUCUUUGGGAAACACACGUCAGGAGGAGGAGGAUAUAAGAUCACACUUGAAUAAUCCAGACAACCUCUCUCUCUCUCUGUGAAAAUAAAAGGAAGAUGAUUGAAAACGGCGGAGAGAAACGGAGCUCCGUCGAGGAAGAAGGAGAAGAAGGUGGGCGUAUGAUUGUUGUCGGCGUGAAGCUCGACGCGCCGAGCAGAGAGUUGCUCACUUGGGCUUUGGUUAAAGUCGCCGAGCCUGGUGAUACUGUGAUCGCUCUUCAUAUCCUUGGAAAUGAGAUUGUCGAUAGAGCAGGGAACUCUUCGCUUCUCUCUCUUGUUAAGACUUUCGACUCUGUUCUUGACGUCUAUGAAGGUUUCUGCAAUUUGAAACAGGUGGAUCUGAAGCUGAAGCUAUGUCGUGGUUCCUCUGCUCGAAAGAUUAUAGUUCGAGAAGCCAAAUCGUUCUCUGCAUCGAAAGUUUUAGUUGGGAUUUCAAAAACUCACCACACGAUUCGUUCACCAGCUUCCGUUGCUAAGUACGUAGCCAAGAAACUAUCAAAGGAUUGUUGGGUGAUUGCUGUAAACAAUGGUAAAAUCGUGUUCCAAAGAGAAGGUUCUCCAUUAUCUACCAUUAAUCAUUCUCAAGGGAAGGAAGAUGUUAGGAAGAUUACUUUGUUGAAUGUGCUUCAAAGGUCUGUUACUUUGAAUAAGACUACGAAAGUAGUUAGCCAUUCCGAGGAAGAUUCAAAAGAGGAUGAUGAAGUUCAAUCCGGUAGCCAGAGUUUACAGCAGGCCUUAGCUGCUGCGCGUUUUGAGAAUUGCGCGGUUUGUGGUUCUGAUUCUUUGUCUCUAAACGAUACAAAUACUCCUGGAAAUGAAAGGAGUGAAGAUGAUGAUGAUGAUGAUGAAUGUCACAAAGCAAUGGAGGUUAUGCCUGUGAAUGGUCCAGAAGAUUCAGGCGGUUCUAUAACUAUGUUGGAUGGGAAAUUGCCUGAAUCUAGACCAGGUUGGCCUUUGCUUCGUCGUGCUGUUUCUACAUUAGGACAGUCUGUUACUACUCCUCAUAGUUCUUUGUCGAAACAGAUACCUGUAGUUCAAUGGGCUCUGAAGCUUCCUACGAGGGACACUAAUCAACCUGGUUAUGAUUCUUCUGAAGACGAUUUGUCAAGCUUAAACGCAGUUGUUCCGUUUGGUAUCAACUCUAUCUCCAAGAAGUCAUCUCCUGACAAUAGUCCAAGAAAAUUGCCGGAGGAAUUAGAGGGACUUUAUGAGAGGUUCUCUUCAGCUUGCCGGGUUUUCAAGUACAAGGAACUUGUUUCAGUCACAUCGAAUUUUUCCACUGAUAAUUUCAUUGGAAGAGGAGGCAGCAGCCGGGUUUUUAGAGGUUGUUUGUCCAAUGGGAGAGUGGUUGCUGUCAAAAUUCUCAAGCAAACUGAAGAUGUCUUGAAUGAUUUCGUGGCUGAGAUUGAAAUCAUCACAACAUUACACCAUAAGAAUAUUAUCUCCCUCUUAGGAUUUUGCUUUGAAGAUCAUAACCUAUUACUUGUAUACAAUUAUCUCUCAAGGGGAAGCCUAGAAGAGAACCUUCAUGGAAACAAGAAAGAUCCGCUUGCAUUUUGUUGGAGCGAGAGGUAUAAAGUAGCUGUUGGAGUGGCCGAGGCAUUGAACUAUCUGCAUAACAGUGCUUCACAACCUGUCAUCCACAGAGAUGUUAAGUCAUCAAAUAUACUAUUAUCUGAUGAUUUUGAGCCACAGCUUUCUGAUUUUGGGCUUGCGAGGUGGGCGUCUAUAUCUAGAACUCAUAUAAUCUGCUCUGAUGUUGCGGGAACCUUUGGAUACUUGGCUCCAGAGUACUUUAUGUAUGGUAAGGUAAAUGAUAAGAUAGAUGUCUAUGCAUUUGGCGUUGUUCUCCUCGAGCUACUAUCUGGAAGAGAACCGAUUAGCAGUGGAUGUCCAAAGGGACAGGAGAGUCUAGUCAUGUGGGCCAAACCAAUUCUAGAUGAUCGAAAGUAUUCUCAGUUAUUAGAUCCGAGUUUGCGGGAUAACAACGAUAACGACCAAAUGCAGAUGAUGGCGUUGGCUGCUACUCUUUGUAUUCGACGUAGCCCUCAAGCUAGACCGAAAAUGAGCAUUGUCCUAAAGCUACUUAAAGGCGAUGAAGACACGCAUGAGUGGGCACUGCAACAAGUGAGUAAUUCAUCAGAAGAGUCAGAGAUGCUCAAGGAUAAGCAAUGCCAAAGAUCUAACUUGCAGUCACACCUUAACGUGGCGCUUCUUGAUGUUGAAGAUGACUCUAUCUCCAUGGGAAGCAUCGAGCAAGGCGUCUCUGUUGAGGAUUAUCUUAAAGGCAGGACAAGCCGUUCGUCGAGCUUCGACUAAGAGCCCAUUUUUACUGAAACUAUUGUGUGUGUGUGUACAUAUGAAAGGGCGUUCUUUGGAAACCGGUGGGUGGUGGAUUUGUGGGGUUCUUUUUAGCCCUCCUUUCUCACCUGUUUAGGACACUGUAAUUGUAGAUUUUAAUUGUUUGGGAUGUAUCUUGCUAUUUCCGGUAAGUCUUUUUUGGGCAAAUUGCUUAUAGCUGUGGUAAUAAAAACGAGAGGGAAAUGCUUGUUGUUGGGAA